AUGAAGAAAGCAUAAGAGAAGCAAUAAAAAAAGGAAAUAUCUACAAGUCCCCUUUUAAUAAUAUUGAAUAAGGAUGAAGAAAUCGAUGAUCUAAAUUCUCCCACUUCUCCUCACUUAUCAAUACCUAUCUUUAGUCCAACAAAAUUUAUAUUUCCAAACUUGAAAUACUAGAAACAAAUCAAAUGA